CCUCGUUACCAUGCGUCACGGUAAAGUGAAAGUGUCAAACAGCGUUAGCCCUUGUGCCACCUUCUCAACCAUUAACACGACUUUCACCAAACUUUAGAGCAAUGCCUCCAACCACACCAAAGUCCCGGACGAGAAGGGGGCGCGCUUCCGCAUCUCCAGCGCCUGUCCCGGCGCCAAGUCCUGCCACAGGCGACGUUGUCCCGGGGCGUCUCACCAAAUCCCAGUGGCUCACAAUGGUGACGGGGGAGGAGGGAGAAGAAGCCGUAGCGGAGAUUUUGGAUGAACUGAUGAGCCGCGUGAUGGAGAAGUGCUACAGUGUAUAUUUGUACAGACAGCUCAUUCCAUUCACGGUGUCCAGAGCGCGAGACACCCUGGUGCGGGUGCUGGAGUGGCAGUUCCUGAUGCAAGACCGAGGCGAGGGACAGGACGGCGCCCCCUUGUGGGCGGAGGACGCCGAGCCCCAGCCGGGUGUGACCGAUUCCUGGGCGGAGGGCUCGGUUCCGGUAUACUCCAGCUCACCUGCACCACCAACCUCCACUGCACAGGCAGGUCCACAUGUACCAAAGCCACUGCAGAGGAUAACAGCGCCCCCUGUUGGUAAGGCAGCAACUCCACAAACUGAAGACAACAUCCAGACAUUGAGCAUGGCCACCGCUGUGCACAGUGAUCCUGAUAAAGAACAGAGGGGGAGGGCAGAAGAACCAGGUGCCGGGGACAGCAGACCCACAGAUCCGUCACCACCCGCCCCACCGAGGAGGAGGCAAGGGAGGGGGAAGCGGCAGCCCCCACUUGAAGCCGCGCAGCCCCCACUUGAAGCAGCGCUGCCCCCACCCGAAGCUGGGCUGCCCACCCUCAGGACACCCCGCUCUCCCCUCCUGGGGGGGUCCCUCGGCUGCACCCCUCGCCCGGACGAGCGGGACCCGGCCGCCGGCGUCUCGAAAGGCGCGCCCCUGCCCCGACCCCCGGGCGCCCCGGCAACACAGAGGCCGAACCCCGCCCGCCUUCCGCGCCGAUACUUCUGCCCCGGGUUCGAGGUGCUGAAGCCCGGCCCCGUGCCAUUGCCCUCCAGGAAGAAAGGGGGCCACGAUGCCCAGGCUCCGAUGCCCUACGAGGGGCUUUCCAAGUGGGGUGCCCCAGGCGGAGCGGUCUGCGUGUUCUCCACCAGAAACAUCCAAGACGGCGGGCUGCCCCAAGGCUUCACCCCCCUCUCCGCCAGCCUGCUGCUGGACGCCAUGAAGCUGUCCCCAGGGGUCUCCAUCCGGGGCCGCGCCAAACCACCGAGGGAACGCCCCUCCCAGCCCGAACGGAGAGCGGAUCUGGUGCCCGUCAGAGGCACCCUCCCCGUCCCCCCGCUGAGGCGGGACCUGCCCAUUUUGGGACCGCCCCUACAGGCCGUCCCCUUCCUCUCGGCUGGAGGAGUGGCGGGGCCCGUGUGA